GCAAUGGCGCGAUCUCGGCUCACUGCAAGCUCCGCCUCCCGGGUUCACGCCAUUCUCCUGCCUCAGCCUCCCGAGUAGCUGGGACUACAGGCACCCACCACUACGCCUGGCUAAUUUUUUUUUUUUUUUGUAUUUUUAGUAGAGACGGGGUUUCACUGUGUUAGCCAGGAUGGUCUCAAUCUCCUGACCUUGUGAUCUGCCCGCCUUGGCCUCCCAAAGUGCUGGGAUUACAGGCAUGAGCCACCGCGCCCGGCUGCCUCUUCUUUUUUUCACGUGGAGAAAUUCCAGCCACGAGAGAAGACAUAAAUUGAGUUAGAGCCAGAGCCCAGACCAGGACUGAAAUUGUCUCCCUCUCAUCCUGUGCUCCUUCUGUCACUCCAUCUGUUUUUCAUUAUUUUACUGACAGCAGAGAGGCAGCCUCUGCAAAGUUGCUUGUUGAUGAUGACAGACAUAUUGCCCUCCUUUUACCAUGUGGUGGUAAACAGUGUCAUGUCCUGCUGCUUGUUUCUCAAUAAUCAGGUUUGCCUGAUUUGGACUAAAAAAAGUUCUAUGAUUUUUUUUUUUUUUUUUUUUUUUUUUUUGAGACAGAGUAUUGCUGUGUUGAUGAGGCUGGAGUGCAGUGGCGCAAUUUCAGCUCACUGCAACCUUUGACUCCUGGUUUCAAGCGAUUCUCCUGCUGCAGCCUCCCAAGUAGCUGGGAUUACAGGCGCCCGCCACCACGCCCAGCUAAUUUUUGUAUGUUUAGUAGAGAUGGGGUUUCGCUAUGUUGCCGAGGCUGGUCUUGAGCUGCUGACCUCGUGAUCCGCCCGCCUUGGCCUCCCAAGGUGCUGGGAUUACAGGCGUGAGCCACUGCGCUGGGCCAAUUUUGUGAUUUUUGAUCAGAGUUGGUUCAGUUCCUCAGCAUUUAUCAGAAAGCGUCCUAGGUUCUGGAACCACCAGACUGAAGAGUGUUUACUGUGUAUUGGGCAAAACAUGAUCAGGACUUUAGAAGUUUCAGUGAGCUGUGAGAAAGACACAGUUGCUUCAUGGUGGAGGGAGCUAAAUCUGGACUUGACAGGUCCAGUAGAAUUUCCACAAGUGGAUAUGAGGGAGAUAGGCAGGGAGAGGAUAUUCCGAGGAGAAGAAAUCAUCCUGAGAUGUUUGCACAAAUGGUUUAGGCCAAAAAGAAAGAAAAAUAGUACUGGGAAAGACAUGGGGCUGAGGAAUUAGGGUACAUUCAAGGAAGGAGGAGCAAGCCUGGGUAGUUUACAAACAGACUUUGUUCCUGUUGAAAGGAUCAGGAAAAAAAUAGAAUAGGUUUUAUGAUGGGACAGGGUGAGAGGCUAAGUGAGGGUCAGAGGUCUUUUUUUUUUUUCUUCUGAGAUGGAGUCUCGCUCUGUUGCCCAGGCUGGGGGGCAGUGGCAUGAUCUCGGCUCACUGCAACCUUCGUCUCCUGGGUUCAGCCUCCUGAGUAGCUGGGACUACAGGGUGUGCACCACCUUGUGCAGCUAAUUUUUUGUAUUUUUAGUAGAUAUGAGGUUUCACCAUGUUGGCCAGGCUGGUCUUGAACUCCUGACCUCAAGUGAUCCUCCCGUCUUGGCCUCCUAAAGUGCUGGGAUUACAGGCGUGAGAUCGUGCCCGGCCUAGUGUCAGAGGUCUUGAGUGCAGUGUCAUUGAUUUUGGAUUUUAUUCUGUAGGUGUUUGGCUUUUUUACUGAGGAAAGAAAAAUUCACAGUGCACCUCUAAGUAAUCACUCCCCCUAUAUAACCCAUCAACUGAGGGAGAAAUAAAGCAGAAAGAUCCUUGAGGAAAAUUUGAGUAAGAGGAAAAAAGUUAUAGAUAUUUUAAUAAAUAUUAUGGAAAGAUGCUGUUAGGAAUGAGAACUACUGUAUAUAUUUCACAGAAACCUGGUUUUUUGUUUUUUUUUGUGUUUUGAGACAGGGUCUCACUCUUACCCACACUGGAGUACAGUGGCAUGAUCAAGGCUCACUGCAGUCUCAAGUUCCAAGGCUCAAGCCAUCCUCCUGUCUCAGCCCCCCUAGUGGCUGGGACUACAGGCGUGCACCACCACGCCUGCCUAAUAUUUUUGAAUUUUAGUAGAGAUGAGGUCUUGAUAUGUUGCCCAGGCUGGUCUCCAACUCCUGAGCUCAAGUGAUCAUCCCACCUUGGCCUUCUAAAGUACUGGGAUUACAGGUGUGAGCCACUGCAACAGGUCAAGUUUUUUUUUUCUUCUUCUUUUUUUUUUUUUUUGAGACAGACUCUCGGUCUGUCACCCAGGCUGGAGUGCGGUGAUGCGACCUUGGCUCACUGCAACCUCCGCCUCCUGGGUUCAAGCGAUUCUCCUGCCUCAGCCUCCCAAGUAGCUGUGACUACAGGCGCAUGCAACUGCGCCCAGCUAAUUUUUGUAUUUUUAGUAGAGACGGGGUUUCACCAUGUUGGCCAGACUGGUCUCAAACUCCUGACCUCGUGAUCUGCCUGCCUUGGUCUCCCAAAGUGCUGGGAUUACAGGUAUGAGCUACCGCGCUCGCCAGUUGUUUUUUUUUCUUAACUUUUGGGACUUCUUCCAGGAAAGACCUGUUUUUUUUUUGUUUUUUGUUUUUUCUUUUUGAGACCCUCUCUUUGUUGCCCAGGCUGGAGUGCAGUGGUGCAAUCUCGGCUCACUGCAACCUCCACCUUCUGGGUUCAAGCCAUUCUCCUGCCUCAACCUCCUGAGUAGCUGGGAUUACAGGUGCCCACCUACCUCGCCUGGCUAAUUUUUUUUUUUUUUUGAGAGAGAAUUUUGCUCUUGUUGCUCAGGCUGGAGUGCAAUGGCGUGAUCUCGGCUCACCGCAACCUCCACCAACCCGGUUCAAGCGAUUCUCCUGCCUCAGCCUCUCGAGUACCUGGGAUUACAGGCACCUACAACCAUGCCUGGCUAAUUUUGUAUUUUUAGUUGAGAUGGGGUUUCUCUAUGUUGGUCAGGCUGGUCUCGGAAAUCCUGACCUCAGGUGAUCCACCUGCCUCAGCCUCCUAAAGUGCUGGGAUUAUAGGUGUGAGCCACUGCACCCAGCCAGCCAAGGUUUUUUUUUUUUUUUUGAGACAGAGUCUCGCUCUGUCUUCCAGGCUGGAGUGCAGUGGCGCGAACUCUGCUCACUGCAAGCUCCGCCUCCCGGGUUCACGCCAUUCUCCUGCCUCAGCCUCCCGACUAGCUGGGACUACAGGCGCCCGCCACCACGCUCGGCUAAUUUUUUUUGUAUUUUUUAGUAAAGACGGAGUUUCACCGUGUUAGCCAGGAUGGUCUCAAUUUCCUGACCUCAUGAUCCGCCCGCCUCGGCCUCCUAAAGUGCUGGGAUUACAGGCGUGAGCCACUGCGCCUGGCCUCAGCCAAGGUUUUUAAGUAACAUAUUUCAGCAUUGGCUCUACAGCUUUGCAGGUUGGUCACAGAAGCAUUAGCUGGGUCUGAAAUGUUAGUAAGCAUUUUAUUAUUCCAGCAAAGAUUCACAUGAAUUAACUAUGUAUCAGAAGGCAUGACAACUGCAGUGCUUGCUGAGCAAAAAAUUACCAUUGCAGUAAAUUCUCAUGCUCCCAGGCUAAACGGAUUAUCAGCUAGGGAUCUGAGAAGAAAUCCCCUGUUCCUUUUGAGCCAAAUAACCUGCUGCUGGGUCACUGUAGCCUUAGCUUUGUUGUCUGUUUACUGCAGAAUGGUGCAUCCAAAUCCCUAUUUUCUCUUGUAGUUUUAAAAAAGUCUAUAUCUUUUAAUGAUGCAUAGUAAAAAAUUUCCACACGAAUGAUGUGAUAUCUAGAAUUUGUUUCAGGAUUAUCUGGGGGCAGAUUAUUCUGGCCACAUGUGCAUGGCAGUUCUAGUUGAGCCAGGUGAGAAGUUUGUGGAGGGUUAUUGUAUGAUUCUCUGUGUUGGUAUUUGAAAUUCUUGGUAGUAGAGUUUUAAAAUUGCCCUUUUCCACCAGCAGUUCCUGGGCUAGUUUUCCUGUGAUCAUUUUAAAGGUUCUGAAAGGGAAGUCUGGUUUUGAUCCACGUUGCCACAUUGUAAUGUGUUCAUAGUUGGUAAGUGCCCUUCCAUGGCUGAGCCAGAUGCUGCAUAUAUGGGUGAAACCUGAGCACGCCACCCUCUGCUUCCUGAGAGGGCAUUUGUAGCAGUGGAACAUGAACGAUUGGAUGCCCAUUGCCAAGGAGUAUGAUCCACUCAAAGCGGGCAGCAUUGAUGGCACCGAUGAAGACCCACACGACCGUGCAGUCUGGAGGGCAAUGCUGGCACGAUAUGUCCCCAACAAAGGUGUCAUAGGAGAUCCCCUCCUCACCCUGUUUGUGGCCAGACUAAACUUGCAGACCAAGGAGGACAAAUUAAAGGAAGUCUUUUCCCGCUAUGGUGACAUCCGGCGGCUUCGGCUGGUAAGGGACUUGGUCACAGGCUUUUCAAAGGGCUACGCCUUCAUCGAAUACAAGGAGGAGCGUGCCGUGAUCAAAGCUUACCGAGAUGCUGAUGGCCUGGUUAUUGACCAGCAUGAGAUAUUCGUGGACUACGAGCUGGAAAGGACUCUCAAAGGGUGGAUCCCUCGGCGACUUGGAGGCGGUCUUGGGGGAAAAAAGGAGUCUGGGCAGCUGAGAUUUGGGGGACGGGACCGGCCUUUUCGAAAACCUAUUAACUUGCCAGUCGUUAAAAACGACCUCUAUAGAGAGGGAAAACGGGAAAGGCGGGAGCGAUCUCGAUCCCGAGAAAGACACUGGGACUCUAGGACAAGGGAUCGAGACCAUGACAGGGGCCGGGAGAAGAGAUGGCAAGAAAGAGAGCCGACCAGGGUGUGGCCCGACAAUGACUGGGAGAGAGAGAGGGACUUCAGAGAUGACAGGAUCAAGGGGAGGGAGAAGAAGGAAAGAGGCAAGUAGAGGCCCAACAGCAGACCCCAAAGUGAAGUUACAGUGGAAAUGAGUGGAGGGGUAUUGUCUUUCAACGCAGCGUGAGUCUAAUGGUUGAAUAAAACUUACUGAUGAUUA